CGCGUAUACGCAACACACCCACCACCACCGCGCUCUAUCCCCCGCAACGGCUCGCGGCAGAAAGUCGCGCGCGCUCAGUACGCGAGCAGCGCUCCUCGCUGAAAAGCGUCGUGUUCUAUACACUAUACAUAACACGCCAUCUCACACAUCUCUACCUCGUCUGUUUGUUUCUCCCAGUGCAAUGACCCGCGCGCGCGCUGACAGACAGCUUGACGCGAGCGCGCGUUAAAAGUUCGUUAUACACAGACAUAUCACGCUGUAAUCUCUGGCUUGUGCUCAAACUCGAGUGUGCGUCGUUGCACUAAUCGACUGGAAAUUAGUGUGACAUGCGGCCUCGGUAGACAGAGGAGACUGGAGAGAGCAGUUUGUGUCGUUCCGUCGAGAGGAUGAGGUUAGGAUAGACACACAUAUAAACGAGAGGAAUUGUGGUACAUAAAUAGUGUGCGAUAUACAGAUAUAUAUAUAUACACAGCAGCAGCCGUGGCAGCGGACAGCAUGGACUUGAGCACGACGCCGCGCCGACCGGCGGAGGCCGUCGCUGAACUGCAGAAAACGAGAGUCGCCAAGAGUGUGUUUAGCAUCAGGAGCCUCGUCGACGUCGAGGACAGCAGCGUCAACAACGUCGUCGCCGAGGAUGAUCGAGUUUCCGACAACACAGUCAGGGGCAGCAGCGACGUGGUUUCGCAGACAAGCCCGGCCAGCAGCACAAGUAGUUCGAGCGUGAGCCAAGCGGGUCAGCAGCAACAGGUCGUCGUCAGCCAGCUGGCCCAGGUGUCCCACCAGCAGCAGCAGUACCACCAACAAUUGCACUCACCGUCACCGACGACGACGACAUCAUCAUCGGGGCCGCCGGCUCAAGGCCAGCAGAUGGGCAUCUCGACGGACGACGUUCGGCCGGAGGAGGAAGGAGCCCACCCAAGGGCGGCCCCCACAAGUCCCGAGAGCGAAGCCGACGUCGAUGACUUUGCACCCAAGAGAAAACAGAGGAGGUAUAGGACAACCUUCACGAGUUUUCAGCUGGAGGAGCUCGAGAAGGCAUUUUCCAGGACGCACUACCCGGAUGUCUUCACCAGGGAGGAGCUUGCCAUGAAGAUCGGCCUGACGGAGGCUAGGAUACAGGUGUGGUUCCAGAACAGGCGAGCCAAGUGGCGCAAGCAGGAGAAAGUCGGCCCGCAGGGCCACCCGUACAACCCGUACCUGGGCGCGGGAGCCCCGACCUCGGCGACGGUGGUGGCCCCGACGCUGCCCAACCCGUUCGCCCACCUCGGGAGCUUCGCCCUGCGGAAACCCUUCGAGGCCUUUCGCUACCCGGCCCUAGGUCACGGCCACGUUGGAGUGGGCCUGCCCGCCGGCUAUCCCGCUCACCAUCCGUACCACCGGCCGCCCCCGCCGCCGCUGCUGCCACCUGGCGUGCCGCUCUCAUACAGCUCGGCCGCCUCGUUCCAGCACCUUCUGGCCAACAUCUCCGCGGCCCAGCGGCCCAAACUCGUGCGCAGUCCGCCCCACCACUUGAGCCAGCCGGGCCCACCGGCGCCGGCAGCGCCACCUGUCGUUCCGGCGCCCCCUCCGCCCGCGCCACCAGCGCCCGCGGUUCAGACCCAACCUGGGCCCGGUUCGCCUCGCGACGGCUCGCCUACCGGCAGCAGCGGACAGCCCGACAUCGACCGACGCACCAGCAGCAUAGCCUCGCUACGGCUGAAGGCGCGCGAGUACGAGCUGCACCUGGAGAUGCUGCGGAAGAACGGCGACCUCAUCAGCUGAAGCCCCACCCGUUCCUGUCAUCUCGACACCUCGUCGAAGGACGUCCAGCAGCUUUGAGAUGUGUAGAUGCGGUAACUACAAGUUGGCAGCGCCCUCUAGCGUCUCUAGAAUCUCAAAGCUGACUGCGACGUUUCAGGUUUUGCGAGACCCACGACGGGGUGCUCGAGAGUUCCUCAGCGUUAGAUUUAGCGAAAAAGUUAUAGCCAGUAAGCCUGAUGUCUGUGACCGAGUUCUAUCGGCCGAGCGAAUUGUAUACUUGAAAAACAAUCUGAUGAUAACUGCGAAUCAGUUAGCCGCGUGCGCGAUUGUAGUUUGAACGUAACUCGGAACAAUGGGAUACAUUGUUUUAUACGCGUUCGAGAGAAAAACGCGCUUUUUUACCAGAAUUAUAUUAUUAUACUGAUGACGCUCUUUUGACCACAGCGCGAUGCAAGCUAUUUAAUUUAUAGCGCAAGCUCGCCCCGAGCAUCAGUCGUGCAAUACACAGAUUAGAGGUAAAGGAUGUCCGAAAACAACGCGUAGUCUUUUGGAAUUGCCAAGGAUCAAACUGCACGCGAUACUUCCUUAUUUGUACAUUAUAAAUAUACGAAUUAUUCGAUUGAUUAUAUUGUAGAUACUCGAGCGAUAUCUACGGCGAUUGUACUCUGCAUCGAGCGCGUGCCUUAACUCCAAACAAAGUUUGCGAAAUUUUUUUCUACGUGCAUGUCGUGCCUUAAAGAGACAGCCUUAAAAAUUGUAAUGACACUGGAGUUCGCGCGCACACCAAUAAUUCAGCGCAAUUGUAGAUAGGAUAAGAGAGCUGAAAAUCGUGAUUUUUACGGAGCGACCUGUGAUUCGUAAGUGAUUCUUGGAAUGUAAAAUUGUCCGUCCACAUCCGUGUUAACCUUUCGAAAAUUUUGCAUAUUUUGCCGCACAAGCACAAGCUACGAUUAUGCGCGUGGAAAUAGCGUCACACAUUUUCCAAUCCUUAAAAUCGUAUUUUUUUCUACGAUUUAUGAUAGGUGAAAACGAAUAUUUCACGAGAGCCGCGUAGCUUGUGGCUUAGCUCUAGAUCCUUAAGCGAUGGUCGUAAAAAUCACACACAUACACAUCGAAAGAAAAACGCCUUUACGUAUUUACUUAAUUUGUCUAGAUGUUAUAAUGUUUGUAUGUAAGCCUAGAAAGAAGUAUUUAUACCUACUAUAUAAAUAAUUAUACAUACUAAAAAUGAUAUUGUAACGUUGCUACGAUUUUCUAUUAGAUGCGCAAGUAUGAUGCUCCUUUCUGAAAGUAAAAAAAUGUUGUACAUAGAUCAAGUCCUACGUAUGCGAUUAUAUAUAAUUAUAUAUAUAUAUAUAUAUACAGAGCGGAGAGCGUAAAACUCCUCGACCUCAUUGCUGUCGAAUCGGAGGAUUCGAUAUUACUAUUACCUAACUAAUUUAGGCACUUCUGCGCGAUAUUAAACUGGUUUAAAAAACUAAAUUCGAGAUAUACGAUAAUUAAGGAAACACGCAAAAGAAAUUUUUCUUUAUAGUAAAUUUGGGUGACGCUAUAUGAUUGAAUCAAUAAGCUGUACUCUAUACCUCGCUUAUUGGGUAUAAACUAGUUUAGCGAAGAAUGCUUGAAAUUUUAAGAUUCGAAGAAUCUUUGCAAUUUACAUUUUUCUUUUUUAUAUUUUCCAAAAAAGUUUUUUGGGUAACGCAUACAUUUUUAUACACAUUGAUAAGUCGCCCAACCGUUCAGUGUUUCCUAUGAUGGUGUUUUUUUUUUUACGCAACUGACACCAGCAAGCAUUGUACUUAACGAAUUCUUGAAAUGAAAUAGUCUUUUUAUUUUGAAAAACAAACAAUAAAUGUAUUGUCAAGAGAA